AUGCUUCGUUCGGCUCCGUUCGCAGGAGACAUGCUGCGAUUAAUUUCUGCCCUGUUCUUUUUUCUCUCUUCUCUCGCUGCAGCGGAGCCAGGAAUCUUCUACAAUCCCCCGACAGGCGGUCCGAUCCACGAUUACACUGCGAACCCGGUAUAUGUGCUUGGUCAAACCGUUCAGCUUCGAUGGGCUACUAGUCUAGAGUGGUUUUCUCUAGUAUUGUGGCAGAAUGACAAUUCGGAUUACGAAUGGAUUCAGACGAAUCUGACUGGAGUCACCACCUAUGACUGGAUUGUCUCGACUAAUCGUGAUCUCGAUGAUGGGAUUGUGUUCUUUUUCCAGAUCCGAGAUGCCACAGACAUAUCCAACCAGAGCCGGCUGUUCGCCAGUCAUUACUUCAAUAUCACCAAAGAUGAUUCUAAGACAACGAAGACGCCAUCUACCUCUUCCUCUUCCACAACGUCGACCGCAUCGACUUCGGCAUCCGGAUCGGCAACUACAACUAUGACAACGCCAACCGUCCUGCUGACCGCAUCUGUCGCGCUCACAACGUCCGGUCCAGCUCCUACAGCCCCGGCAUCCUCCACAGCGGCUGCGGACUCAGGUAGCACGACAAACUCGUCUAGUCCAUCCGAUAACACCCAGAGCUCUGGACUUUCUCCACAAACAAAACUAGGGGUUGGAGUUGGAGUGGGCCUGGGUUGUGCUCUUCUGAUAGCACUCGGAUUUAUAUGGUACCUUCUUCGUCGAAGCAAAAAGGCUUCGAAACCCCCGCCUUUUGAUCCGAUGUACUAUCCCAGUAACCCUGGUGGUUUCACGAAGCCACGAAUCCACCAGCAGGCCCCGGUUGAAGUGGAUGGCGAUCGUGGCAUCGAAGUGCCGGCAGAACAGGUGAGAUAUGAGUUGCCAUCGUGA